AUGGCAGCGAUCUCAAGUGAUGAACUGCAGGAUGCCUGGGAGAAGGUGAAGGCCAUGUCAAUACUUCCAGAGCCUCCCGAGCCGAAGCUUCCCAUUUUUGGGCCCAAAGUGCCCAUGAAAACCAAGCUGCAUACUAUUCAGAACCUCAUAACUUCUCUUGAAUACAACUACACGGGAACUUUGUACUUCGACGUGAACAAGAAUCGGAGCUUUAAAAGUAUCGUAAAUACUGCAAAAGAAAUCCUCAAGGAGGGUCUGCCAAUCCAGUGUCUAGAAGCAGUGUUCUUGGGGGCCUAUAUGACUGCAGGCUUGCCGAAUCUCGAGCGAUUUCCGAUCAGCUUUAAGACGGCCGCGGGCAAAUCAACGCACCGCCACAUCAUUCUUGGCAUUCAUCACCAACAACAAAAAUGGGGAGCAUUGGGUCUAAGUCGAUGCGAUAAGCUCAUGAACAAGGAUUUAAAGUUCGAGUCGUUGAGCGAUCUGGUGCUGGAUUUCUGCCGUGAGUUUGAAAACGUCUACCACAAGGUGCUCAAUCUCCCAAUUGAUACGAACAAUUGGACGGAAGUUGCAAAGCAGUUGGACGGCUUUGGAAAAGAUGCCGCCGAAAUUGAGAGUUUCAAGAAGGCUAAAGGCGUGCUCCCAGCGUGGUUUGGAACCAGAUACGCUCUUAGCGCUCCAGAAAUGGAGAUUGGGCGCUCACCACGAGCAGCCCAGCGCCGCAACUCGUUCUCAGAUGAUUUCAACAUGUUCGAGGAAGAAUUCGAGACUCAAGAACCUUCACAGCCGCAAAUGCUAAGGACGAUCCCCAAGCACAUAAUUGUGACUCCAGACGAAUUCACGUUUAAAAAGCCAUCGACCAGUACCGCGCCAACUCCACCGACAAACAUUUUUCUACAGAACACGUCGCCAUCGCCAUAUUUGAUUGAGAUUGAGGACAGAUCAGGUCUCCUGGAAAUUGUCACCAAGACACAGCCCACCUUGCAACGUGACGAAACCAACCCAGAGGUCCACCCUACUAAGGCUAUAUUCCGCGUUUCGGCUGUACGCUUGUACUGUCUUCAUUGA